AAUAUGGUUUACAAACAUUUUGACAGUCGCUGUACACAAAUAAUCAUCGAAAACAUCAGGGUACAAGCUAAAGUUGACUGAAUUUUACUUAUAUAUUGUAUAUUGUAAGUAAAAGGAGAAAUGCUCACGCUCACGGAGAGCGCGAGCAAAAACCGCUCAUGCUCAUGAGCGUGAGCGUGAGUUGUACACCCCUAUACUAGUCUACAUGUCCAAUGAAUACUGGUCACCAGUAUCAGUAAUACUCAAGUUUCAUUAGAAUCAUUUCGAAACGUAAUUCUUCUUAUCAGAAACUCGGAGAGAUGAUUCUGGUCACCAGCGUUACCAGUACCCAGUAUACUGGUACUGAUGAACCCCUAACAGGGACCCUGUUCGGUUGUGACUUGAACAGCAUAUAGUAUAUAAAAAAAAUCCCUAAAAAAAAAAUCCCUAAAUUGAAAAUCCCCAUUUGGUCACCAGAAUGGAUCAUAUUUGUUUUAUUCACCACAAGUGUGGAUAUGAUGUAUAGAUGUGUCUGUGGAUUUCUAUUUGUGGUAAAUGAUAGUCAUUCGCAUGAUAUUGCUCUCUAUCGACUAACUGUUGAAAGAAACAUGAUCCGUAUCAAAUAUAAUUUUAUUGAUCGAUUAUUUCAGUUUGAAUUUUGUGAUACAAAUUUCAAUGUAUACCAGAAACAACUUUUCGAAUAUCUUACACAAAAGAAAUUCGAUAAAGAGAAAUCAAAACUAGAAGUUGCCAUUUUAAAACAACGUCUUGCUCUCCAUUGUCUACCAAAAUCUUUCGAUCAACUUGAAAUAUCUACACCUACAUCAAUGGAUACGAUGGCAGAUAAACAUAUGUAUCAACAUCUAAAGGAUUGAUCUACAAACAUUUUAAAAUCUACUAAAUUUGAUAUGCUAAAGAUUUAUAUGGCAGCUACUGAAGCACGAGCCAAUCAAUAUCGAAUCGAAUUUGAAAAUGCCAUGGCUAUACUAAAAGAAAAUGAACGUAUGGGUCCCUUACAUCGACAAUUAACUCAAAUCAUGUCCAAUAUUAUGAUCAAACGUUUCAACAAUAUGAAUGAACAUCUUCUAGCUGCUUAA